CCAGACAACAUGAAGGCCUCCAUCUAUCUCGCUGCCUCCGGCCUCGCGCUGGCUCUCGCCGGCCCGGUCGAGAAGCGCGCCGUUCACACCGAGGUCGUGACCGAUAUUGUCUAUGUCACGGUCACUGCCGGUGCAGAGCCCGCGGCCAGCUCUACCACCAGCUUGACGUCGGUGGCUCCGACUACGACCUCGCAGCCGCCACCUCCGCCCCCUCCUGAGCCGACGACCACGCUUAUUCCGACUCCUGAGCCGAUCCCGACUCCCGUCUCAAUGUCGAAGCCAGCGGCUGUGUCCCCUCCGCCGGAGGUGAGGCUCGGUUCUCAGCAGGCCCAGCAAGCCCAGCAGGCGCAAGCAGCCGCGCCCACUGACUUCGCCAGCACUGCCGUGUACCACCACAACAUCCACCGAGAGAACAACUCGGCCCCGGCACUCGCAUGGGAUAGCACCUACGCCGGCUAUGCCGCCGAGACGGCCAAGAAGUGCAAGUUUGCGCACGACAUGGCUCCCGGUGGCGGCGGCUACGGUCAGAAUCUGGCCAUGUGGGGAUCGAGCGGCGAUGCCAAGUCCCUCGGCGAAAACACGGCCAUCGCGCGGGCUAUCACCAACAUGUGGUACAACGGCGAGAUCGUGCUCUACCCCGAGGCCAACUAUGGCCAGAAGAACCCUACGGCUGGCAAGUUCGAGCAGUACGGUCACUACACGCAGCUUGUGUGGGCCGAUACUAAGAAGGUCGGCUGUGCUGCUCAAUACUGCCCCCCUGGAACCAUGUUCACGGACAUGGGCGCCUGGUUCAGUGUUUGCGACUACUUCCCCGCCGGAAACAUGGGUGACCACUACGGCGACAAUGUCCUGAGGCCUCUGGGCAAGGCGAGUGUCAAUGCUUAGACACGCCCUAACUGUCGACCGUCUUGUCGCUCACAUG